GAGGAUACGUCCUCGCGCCUUAUUUCGUCCUUCUUUUUUGAUUAAUGCGACCAUGCCGCGCAGAAAGCCUUUCAGUAACAAACAGAAAAAGAAGCAGCUCCAGGUGAAACGCGAGAGAAAGAGAGGAGAAACCGGGUCAGGUCACAGCAGCCGAAAUGCCAGCGUGGAGAGAGGACCUGGCAGAGACAGACAGUCGGAUACAUCAGACAGCGAGACGACAGACAUCAGGCGGAUCAACCAUCAGCCUGGCACCAGAGACGGCAGAUAUGACCCCAACAGAUUCCGGCUGCACUUUGAGAAAGAAAGCAAGGAGGAUGUCGAGAAGAGGAAGAAAACAGCAAGGGAGAAAAUCCUUAAGCCGGUGGUAGAAAAGGAGCUUGAGAUGGAUAUAAAUCAGAUCUAUCCUGAGGACAAAGGACUGAAUUUCCCACGGCGGCCCUCAUGGAAUUACAGCAUGCAGAGAGAAGAGUUACUGCGGAAAGAGGAGAAGUCAUUUCUGGAGUAUCUGGAGGCUCUUCACUCUAAAAACCCACCCGGGACCCUCAGCCACUUCGAGCACAAUCUGGAGACGUGGAGGCAGCUGUGGAGAGUAAUUGAGAUGUCUGAUGUCAUUCUGCUCAUAGUGGAUAUCAGACACCCAGUGCUGCAGUUUCCUCCUGCUCUGUAUCACUAUAUCACCGAGGAGCUGAAGAAGCAUAUUAUCCUGGUACUCAAUAAAGCAGACUUGUGCCCUGCCCCGCUGGUUUUGGCAUGGAAAGACUAUCUGACGAAACAAUUUCCCCACCUGCACUGUGUCUGCUUCACCUCACACCCAGGACAGCCCUACAGCACCCUUCUCCAGAAGAAGAGAAUGAGGAAGAAAGCCGGAUGGAAUCAUGCUGGAGGGCCGAUUCAUAUCAUGAGAGUGUGUCAGGAGAUCACAGCAGGAAGAGUGGAUCUGAGCAGCUGGGAGAAGAAGAUCCAGAGGGAUGCAGUUGCUGUGGGAAAUGAAGGGGACCGGGCUGAUGAUGGAUCUGAGUCUGUGUUGAUGGAGCAUCAUAGUGACAUUGCCAUGGAGAUGAACAGCCCCACGCAAGAACUUUAUAAAGAUGGGGUGCUAACAUUGGGAUGCAUAGGUUUUCCUAACGUAGGCAAAUCCUCAGUGCUGAACAGUCUGGUCGGCAGGAAGGUUGUAAGCGUGUCUCGAACUCCAGGCCACACAAAAUAUUUCCAAACAUACUACCUCACUCCCACUGUCAAACUGUGUGAUUGUCCCGGGCUCGUCUUCCCUUCGCGGGUGGACAAGCAACUACAGGUCCUGGCUGGUAUAUAUCCAGUAUCUCAGCUGCAGGAACCUUACAGUUCAGUCGGACACUUGUGUGAACGGACCAACUAUCUGUCUAUAUUGAAGUUGACCCAUCCUGACCACAGUCCCGAAACCCCACAUGACCCCAGCACACAGGACUGGACGGCAUGGGACGUGUGUGAAGCCUGGGCUGAGAGGAGAGGGUAUAAGACGGCUAAAGCAGCCCGUAAUGAUGUUUAUCGAGCAGCCAACAGUCUUUUGCGUUUGGCCAUCGAUGGGCGGCUGUGCUUAUGUCUGCGACCGCCUGGAUACAGUCAAAGUAAAGAUACUUGGGAAUCACAUCCAGACCUGGCCGAGAUCAUCGCUCUGCAGGGAAGGAAGGAAGACGGGGAUGAGUGCGGAGACAGAGAAGAAGAAGACGGUGAGUCGAGCUCAGAGCUGGAAGAGGACAACGAUCGAGACGCAGACGACGACGAGGAUGCCGACGGAGAUGAUGAAGACGAGACUGUGAAGGCUGACAGGAAGGGCCUCACUCUCAACAUGUUCAGUGUGCUUGGAGAGAACGAGUGUGAGUGACGGAUGAAAACACUCCACCUUCAUACAUUCCCGCUUUCUCUCUUUACAACCAUCUCAUUUCAAUCUGCAAUCUGUCAAUCCAACGACUGUAUAAAGUUUUGAAUUUAAACAACACA